CAUGUUACAAACGAUCCCUAUAUCGGUCGGGUGGUCGACUCUUUGCGUAUUUCUACUUGUGUUGUUGUUGUACUAUACAUACGUAUAUCUCAGUCGACGCAGCGGCCUCCCGCCAGGUCCCAUUGGAUGGCCAGUGAUCGGCAAUCUUUUCCAGCUCAUGCGAGACAAAGCGGGCGUGCACGUCGCCUUAGUAAAACUGGCUGAAAACUAUGGCGAUGUUUUUAGCCUAUAUUUCGGUUCCAAACUGGUCAUUAUUUUAAAUGGAUAUGACGCUAUACGGGAGGCAUUUGUUAACAGAGCUGAUGUACUGAACAAUCGACCCAGUUUGUUGGUCCUAGAAAUGCUGUCAAACGGCAAAGGAAUUGUCGGGGCGAAUGGACAUGAUUGGAAAGCACAGAGAACAUUCUUUCUAAAAACAUUGCGUCGAAUCGAUGUCGGUCAGUCACGUAAACUCGAGCAUCACAUACUAGAAGAAUGUGAAUUUCUUAUUAAUGAAAUCGAAUCUCUAGAGGGCGCCCUGUUUGAACCUACAGACGUGAUUAGUCAUGCUGUUGCCAACAUUAUAUGCUUCUUUACGUUUGGUCGAAGGUUUGAAUACUCGGAUGGGAAGUUCAAAGAGCUCUUGAGUAUGCUUCGUCGUUUGAUGGGAAUCGUAGGGAGUGCGGCAGCCAUUCAUUUUUUUCCUAUGAUGAAAAUCUUCAUGCGAACGAAAUUUAGACAACUUGCGAAAGUGAAAGAGGAGGUGUUUACUUUGGAACGAGAGAUAAUUGAAGAGCAUAAACGGACAAUCGAUGUAGACAACCCCCGUGACUUCGUUGACGCUUAUUUGAUUGAAAGUGAUAAACGAAGACAAAAGAACGAGAACUGUUCUUUUACAGACGAAGGAUACGUACUCGUUACUUUAGCGGAUUUGUUUACAGCUGGAACGGAGACAACUUCUACCACCCUCAGAUGGGGCCUUCUUUACCUCUGCUUAAAUAAGCACGUCCAACAAACAGCUCAGAAUGAAAUAGACCAUGUUGUUGGAAGACAUCGGCAACCAGAUCUCGGUGACCAAUCAAAUCUUCCUUACACGCAGGCUUUGGUAUACGAGAUCCAGCGAAUAUCUUCAGUAUUCCCUUUGAGCGUGCCUCAUUGUGCAGCAACUGAGACUCAUCUCCAUGGUUACAGAAUUCCUAAAGGGGCUGAAAUUCUACCGAAUUUAUGGUCUGUUUUGCACGAUCCGGUAAUAUGGCCUGAACCUGAGAAAUUACGCCCUCAACGAUUUCUGGACGAGGGCAUGGAGAAUGUGAUACGACCUGAACGGUUUAUUCCAUUCGGCAUUGGACCGAGAGUUUGCCUUGGAGAGCAAAUCGCAAAGAUGGAAUUAUUUCUUUUUCUGAGUAAUCUACUGCAUAGAUUCCGUUUUGAACUUGACGAAGACAUCGCGACAGAUCCUAAUAUACUGAAACCAGUGGAAGGACUCACCCUGACGCCGAGAACUUACAAACUACGAGCUAAUAAACGCUGCUAAAAACGGUCUCUUUAACUUACGGGAAACUGACAUGAUAUGUGAGUCAGUUUGAGCCACGCACACGUCUUUACCUUAUUACCAUAUUCACUACGGUGCGUUAUUUCUGCUCUAGGGGGUAUUGUGUUGUAAAUUUAAAUCACGAUUUAUUUGACCGAGCACGGGAC